GCCCUCACAGGCAGACACACAAAGCCGAGCCUGUAUUCUGAAAAGCCGCUGAUAACAGCUGUGUUAUUAUGAUUUCUUUUCUCUUUUUUUCCACUGCUGUUAAUUUUUAUAUUAUAAGGUCUGUAAAUGUUUGUUCACCCGCACAAUAGAGCCUCUGGUGUCAGAUUCUCCCACAUUUGAGAAAUGCGAGCUACUCCUAAUGGACGUGGACACAAAAUGUAGCAAUGACACCUCCCUCUGUCCAUCCUAUGAAGAGUCAUCAGGCACACUUGCCCUCAUUAUAAUCCCUUCCCUGUUGGCUCUGAGCACAGUGUUAGUGGUGGCUCUGAUUUUUUAUACUCUAUGUAAAAAUAAAGAACGACGACACAGGACUUCACCUCAUUUUAAAAAUGGCCAGCAGAUUGUAUCCCUGUCUACAGCUUCUGUAGGUCCUCCAAAGGUCCCGGCAGCUUUAGAUCCCUGGGAAAUCCCAGAAGAGUGUGUUCUUGAGGGACUAGAGUUUUGGCAGACUGGUUGCUAUGGCCCCAUUUGUAAAGGUCUGCUGAAGAAGAAAGGUGGAGCCUCUUCUGUCGUGGUGGUUAAGUGCCUUCGAGAUGCCUCUGGCAACCCCGAAGCUAAAGAAUUUGUUGAGUGGCUCCUCUUCUGUGCUUCAGUGUGUAAACAUGAAUAUGUGGUGCAGAUGCUGCACUGUCAGACCAAACGUCUACCCAUGUACCUGGUUUUAGAUGCCUACAACCCAGGGAAUCUCCUUCACUUCCUCUGGACACUUAGAAAUAACAAUUCAAGCACUGCAGAUCCCUUGCAAAACUUCUCUGAGAGGUCAGUGUUUUUGGUGGCAAAACAGAUUGCGGCUGGCCUGGAUUACCUGAUGUCAGAGCACAGGCUGGUGCAUGGCAAUGUUGCUGCCAGAAACAUCUUAAUUGGCCCAGGCCUCUCGGCUCGAGUAUCUGGCCUGGGUGUGGCAUUUGAAGGACGCAAAAUGGAUUCAGCAAUUAGACAGAGGGCAGCAAAGGUGCCUCUGAAAUGGCAGGCUCCAGAGCGGAUUAUGAUGCUGCUCAGUAUCGACAGAAGCGACGUGUGGUCAUUUGGAAUCCUACUAUAUGAACUGAUCACUUUAGGAUCCCCUCCAUACCCUGAGCUGGAGCCUUCAACAGUGCUUCCAAAGCUACAGGCGUCUUAUCGAAUGAAGAGACCAAAGAACUGCGGGGGACUUUUGUAUGACCUGAUGAAGUACUGUUGGAUGUGGAGCUACAAAGAGCGACCAGCAUUUUCAGCCAUCAUCAAGCUGUUGGAGUCCUCGCUGCACAUUGCUGAUACAACACCAAUUUGUAUUUCUGAGGUCAUUGACAUAUCGGAGUAUAAGAGAAUGGCAGGACUGAUCGAAUAGACCCACGCUCAUGCGCCACUUUAUCGGGCACACUUUUUUUGGGGUACACAACAACAAGUGCUUGAUGCAAAUAUCUAAUUAGCUAAUCACAUGGUAGCAACUCAUUAAAUUUAGGCAUAUAAGAAAUGGUCAAGAUGUCUUUCUGAAAUUCAGACCAGAAGAAGAAUCAGAAGAAACUUUCAAAUUUUGACUUUAAAUAUGACAUGGUUUCCAAAUGAGCUGGUUUGAGUGUUUUAGAUACUGCUGACCUACUAGGAUUUUUCUAUUUUACUAGAAAAAUAAGGAGCAAAUAUCCAGUGAGGGUGAAAAUGCCUUACUGAUGAGGCCAGAGGAUAGGUUGCUUUGAGAUGAUAAGAAAACAGCAGUAACUCAAAUAAACUAUUAGCACAGCCAAGGUAUGCUGUGAAGGCAUAAUACACCAAACCCUGAAGUCAAUGAGCUAUAGCAGCAGAAGACCACACCAGGUGCCACUCCUGUCAGCUAAGAACAGGAAACUGAGGCUAUAGUCUCUUCAAACUUUUACAACAGAAGAUGGAAAACUGUU